AUGCUGCUACUAAGACAACCACUACUACUAUCAAGAUAUGCUAGACUAUUACUAUUCUCCUCCUCCUCCUCCUCCUCCUCCUCCUCCUCUUCCUCCAAACAUUUAUCUUCCUCCUCCUCCUCCUCCUCUUCUUCUCUCAAUUCUUCUUGCUACUUUUGUAAAUACAUCUCCUCCUCCUCCUCCUCCUCCUCCUCCUCCUCCUCCUCCUCCUCCUCCUCCUCCUCCUCCUCCUCCUCCUCCUCCUCCUCCAAGUUCAGAGUGAUCUUCCAUUUUCCACACAUCAAGACAGCAAGAGCUAUUUGCCGAUUAAAAUUGCAUCAAACAAUAAUAACCUGUUUUGCCGUCCCCCUGGCCACGGCACUGGUCCAGGCUGGCACUGUGGCCCCGUCGGCACUCCCCAUCACCUUGGCCAUCAGUGCCGUGGCCCUCGGGAUGCUGGGAAUUAUGGGAGAGGCAUUUCGAAGGCUCAUAGGAAUAUUGUAUCUCUCGGACGACGGAAAACUUGUCAAAAUCUCCCACCUCUCGUUCUUCGGCCGUAGAAUUGACACUGUUCUGCCGGUCUGUGAUGUCGUUCCGUUAUCCGACAGCGACGAGGAACUCUCCGCCGUGGCCGUUUUUGAUAACAUUUUUAGUGGCAAUCCUGGUCAAUUCAUUCUUUGUGUGAGGUUUGGAGGAGUGGUGGACAAAGAGGCAUUUGAAAAGGUGUUUGGAAAGUGCUUGGAGUGAUUAAGGUGCGUUUGGAUGAGUUGUGAGUGUGUUUGGAUGUGUUGUGAGUGUGUUUAGAGGUGUUUAGAGUGUGUUUUGGUGUGUUUGGAUGUGUUUGAAGGUGUUUUAGGUGUGUUUAGGUGUG